CAUACAACGCAUACUGGCUCGCGGCUGGCUCAACCGGUUGAGUCCGGCUAGGUCGUUCCUGGGUGACCAUCGAGUUGCUCGAUCAAUUUGGCGAGAUCCACUGGUCGUCGCCGCAGGAGAUCGUUGCAGGCGCUCGGAUCCGAUGGAGAACGGCGAAGAAUCUUUCUUGGUCAAUCCAGAGAAACUAGAUGACGACGAUGAAGUUCUCCGGUUUUUAGACUCUCUAGAUGCCUAUCUCAGGCUCAGGGAUUCAGUGUCUUCCAUGCUUCGCCAGGGAUGGUUUGAACUUGCCACUGCUCGUCAUUCUAUGGGUUCAUCACGCGUCUCAAGUGUUGUUCUAGACCAAAAAGUACAGCCUGCUGCAACCACACUACAAGUGAGAGAAUCUGUAUCAGAGUUGCAACCAUUUUUUUCUCUAUCCAAGUGGUCAUCCUCUGCAAAAGAUGGGAUAUGCUCUUCUGAGGAGAUAGAACUUAGCAGUAUGCAAACAACAGUAAAGGAUUCAGAGUUACGGCAUCGAGGCACAUCCAGCUUCUAUGAUGAUAUGAAGAAAAUCAAUUCAACCAUCAAUCUAACUCCUACUGAUAGCGACAGCAAUCACAGAUUCAGAAGGAAAGGUCGAAAAUGUUAUCAGUCUUUGGGACUUUGGUAUCCCCAAAGCUUCGUGCUGCACAGGUUUCAUUCGAGACAGCACUUGAUGGCAUAGUAGAAAUAGCAAAUGUGCAGUCUACUCUCCUCUCUUCAUUCUCUCGAUUGCAACAAGAAAGGAAUGAUUCUAGUUGAAAAUUUCGUUAUGCUUCAGUCUGUGCAACUUAAGUGAGUUUUGAUCAAUUACUUGGACCCAAAGAGCACACUAGUAACAUCGAAUGCUUUUUAUUGAUGUUAAAAUGCCUUUAACAUUCCAAUUCUUAUUGAAAAAUAAGUGAUUUGGAUGAUAAUUUUAAAAA